AUGUCCGCCAAAGCCAGCGGCUCGGACGCCCGCUCCAACGGCGACGCAAAACACCGCCAACACCAUGACGGUAGCUCAGGCCGCGCAUAUACAGUCGAACAAAAGGCCGCAGUAAUACGAAUAAAGCGAUGUGCGCCCACAGCCUUCUAUGAGAUUCUGGGAUUGGAGGAGGUUAAGACGACGUGCAGCGAGGGCGAGAUCAAGAAGGCAUAUCGGAAACUGAGCUUGUUAACGCAUCCGGACAAGAAUGGUUAUGAGGGCGCAGACGAGGCUUUCAAAAUGGUAUCAAGAGCCUUUCAGGUGCUCUCCGAUGCGGACAAGAAGGCCAAGUACGACAAGUUUGGCGGCGAUCCGGAUGCUCGAUUUCAACCACCUGGCGGCGGUGCAUCAGGCUUCAGCAAUUUUGCGCGCUCGCAAGGUGGCGGCCGGCCAGGCCCCAUGUUCGAAGAGGAAAUAUCACCCGAGGAGAUGUUCAGACAAUUCUUUGGCGGAGGAGGGCCGUUUGGCGGGCCUUUCGGCGGCGGCAUCUUCGAUACCGGCCCCGGCUUCGUUUUCAACCUUGGAGGAGGCGGUCCUGGAAUCCGCGUACACCAAUUUGGCGGCGGUCAACCACGAAGACGACCCGGCACCGCGCGACCCGCGGGCUCAGAACCGGCGCCCAGCAUCGGCAGCACGUUAUCUUCGCUACUUCCGCUCUUCUUCCUCUUCCUACUUCCCCUCCUUUCCUCGAUAUUCGGCGGCGACUCUACACCCAAGGGCCCUAGCAUAGUGUUCGAUGGACCCCGCGGCGCACAAACACACCCCCUCUACUCAGAAAAUCUUCAAGUGCCCUACUGGGUGAACAAGCGCGACCUCGAAGGCCUCAGCAAGAAAGAGUUGAAAAACAUACACAAGCAAGCGGAAUCGAAGUUCAUACAGAUUACAAAUUCGCGGUGCGACACGGAGAAGUACAAGAGGAGUCAGGCGGAGCAAGAUGCAUACGGCUGGUUUGGUCCAGACAAGGACAAGCUAACGAAGGCCAGGAGUAUGCCCAUGCCGAAUUGUAAGAAGAUGAAGGACAUGGGCUUUCAAGUUUAUUAUUAG